GUAGGCGGCGCUAGUGCGCCACCGGGGUGGUUAGGAAGUUCCCGAAGUCACGUCGAAGAACAAUACAAUCAGCUGUUCGUUGAUCGAAGCCGCAAAAACAAUCUAACCAAAGCUGUCAUUGUCGACAGGGACAGGCAAAGACCAGUGAAAUGUCAUUCCUCUUUGAUUGGCUCUACAGAGGCUUUAGUGGUGUGCUACAGUUUUUAGGGUUGUACAAAAAAUCUGGAAAGUUGGUUUUCCUGGGGUUGGAUAAUGCUGGUAAAACAACCCUGUUGCAUAUGCUGAAAGAUGACCGACUUGGACAGCAUGUGCCCACGUUGCAUCCAACAUCGGAAGAGUUGACGAUAGCUGGAAUGACAUUCACCACGUUUGAUCUGGGCGGCCACGUACAAGCUAGAAGAGUUUGGAAGAACUACCUGCCGGCUAUCAAUGGAGUUGUCUUUCUGGUUGACUGUGCCGACCACGAACGCCUUACAGAAUCCAAGAUCGAACUUGAUGCUCUGUUAGCAGAUGAGACCAUCCUCUCUGUGCCUGUGCUGGUCCUGGGUAACAAGAUAGACCGUCCUGAAGCCAUCAGUGAAGGGGGACUGAGAGAGGCGUUCGUUCUCGAUGGACAAUGCACUGGAAAAGGUAACGUGUCGUUGAAGGAUCUGCAGGCACGACCUCUGGAGAUUUUCAUGUGCAGUGUCCUGAAGAAGCAGGGCUAUGGAGAUGGCUUCAGGUGGCUGGCACAAUACAUCGACUGACAUCUAGGCAGCGGUUCUUUUACUAAACAGACUCCCAUCUUUCUGGGGGGAAUGAAGAGGAUAAGCUAUCAAAUGAAAUGGCCCAUAUCGUCCCCCCCCCCCCCCCCAACCCCAUGUGGAAAGAUGUGAAGCUCCCAAUAAUCAGCUUUCUGAUUGAGUACAUCUGUCAAUUUCAGCAUUAAUUGGUCAGUUUUAAAGGUUUCUAUCUAUGCAAACUUUUAAAAGUGGUUCAUGGUCACAAGAUUCAAGAUGGGUUUGCGUGUAAGUCCAUUAGUUAAGUAUAACGUCGACCCGUUCUCUGGCAUGUAAAAUUAGAGUAUCCGAUUCUACCCCAACAGAUUUGAUCAUAGCUGCAAUUCAAGCUACAGUAUACGGCAGAUGUACCAAUGUAGAACCUUUAUAAGGUAUACUGUGAACUUUUUAAAUUAUUUCUGAAAAAUGAAGGACCAAGCGAUUUUUAAAUGAAAUAGAUUAUAAAUGAUAAGGAUAUUUAUGUGAAUGGUGGCGGUACAAAUGCUUGUACAUAGCAGUCCUACCUAGAAUAAGAUGUUCUUAUCACUAAGAGGACAUGAAAGAGGAUAGAUAGACUGAGCAGGAUUAUUCCAACAGACCCAAGUUCCAAUCGCAUCGAAUAGAACGUCAUCUAAAGUUUAGGGGCGGAGUCCAUUUGACCUGAUUCUGUUUCUAUACAUGGCGUGUAUAUCCCAAAUGGCAGCAUAUUGACUAUAUAGUGCACUACUUCAGAGAACCCAUACUUUCUAUGCCCCCCCUACCCCCCGGUCAAAAGUAGUGCACUAAAUAGGGAAUAGGGUGCCAACCCUGAUCAAAAGUAGGGCACUAAAUAGGAAAUAGGGUGCCAACCCUGAUCAAAAGUAGUGCACUAAAUAGGAAAUAUGG